AGAGAGAAGGGUUGUCUGAUAUUCCCAUGAUAUCCAUUAGAGAAGUUUGCAUCCCUACUCUUACAUCUGGUAAGGGAAAUCAAAAAAGCAACAGGCUUGUCUUCCAAGAAUAGUGGAAUAGCGAGAGCAGUCGUCUGAAAACAAAGAGAAAGGUCUAAGGGAGUUCACUUACUGAACUGCACAAAAUGUAUCUUUACAAGCCUACGUACACUGAUAUUCCGAACCCUAAGAUUGGGGGGCAGAAACCCAAUGAAACUUCUGCAAGGCUAAAAGCGAAAACUGCAGCCCCCAAAGUCUGCCUCCCACAUCAGUGUUGGGCAAUGAGAUUCAAUACUGCGAUGGAGCAGAAGUACUUGGAGAGAUUUGCAAGUGUCCAUGGACUGUCUCUUAAGGACACGGUGAGAGCCGAGACUGGGAUGAUAUACAGGAAUCUUGGAAAAUCAGGCCUCAGAGUAUCGUGCUUGGGACUUGGGACAUGGGUAACAUUUGGAGGGCAGAUUUCUGAUGAGGUGGCCGAGCAACUCAUGACCAUUGCAUAUGAACAUGGAGUAAACCUGUUUGAUACAGCAGAAGUUUAUGCAGCAGGAAAGGCCGAAAUCAUCUUGGGACAUAUCAUCAGAAAAAAGAACUGGAGGAGGUCAAGUCUCGUCAUUACUACCAAAUUAUACUGGGGAGGAAAAGCUGAAACAGAAAGAGGUCUGUCAAGAAAACAUAUUAUCGAAGGAUUAAAGGCCUCUCUGCAGAGGAUGCAGCUGGAAUAUGUAGAUGUUGUAUUUGCAAAUCGGCCAGAUAAUAAUACCCCAAUGGAAGAAAUAGUCCGAGCAAUGUCCUAUGUAAUCAAUCAGGGCAUGGCGAUGUACUGGGGAACAUCCCGUUGGAGUGCAAUGGAGAUUAUGGAAGCCUAUUCGGUAGCCAGGCAGUUCAACAUGAUACCCCCAGUAUGUGAACAGGCAGAAUAUCAUCUUUUCCAAAGAGAGAAAGUGGAGGUGCAGCUGCCAGAGCUCUACCAUAAAAUAGGGGUAGGAGCAAUGACUUGGUCUCCUCUUGCUUGUGGAAUUAUCUCUGGCAAAUAUGAAAAUGGUAUUCCUGAGAGUACAAGGGCAUCACUUAAGUGCUACCAGUGGCUAAAGGACAAAAUACUAAGUGAGGAGGGCCGUAAACAGCGAACAAAACUCCGAGAUCUGAUGCCCAUUGCAGAGCGGCUUGGCUGUACUCUUCCCCAGCUUGCUGUAGCCUGGUGUCUGCGGAAUGAGGGUGUGAGCUCUGUUCUAUUAGGUGCCUCUAAUCCAGAACAACUAGUAGAAAACCUAGGAGCCAUACAGGUUCUUCCAAAGAUGACCUCUCAUAUUGUCAGUGAGGUUGACAACAUUUUGGGAAAUAAGCCAUACAGUAAAAAGGACUACCGAUCAUAAGACACUGCACGAACAAAAGGACUGCAUGAUUAAAUUAGUGCCCUGUAUAUAGAACUGGAACACUAGCAAGUGGCUUUUCCAGUUAUCUGCUGUAUAUCUGUCAUGUCAGAGGAUUCUACCAUAGAAAGCACAUACAAUCAAUGACUAAUUAUUUUGUCCUUUGUAGUUUAAGUUCUUUCUGUAUAUAGGGACAGUAAUACUGCAAUACAAGUUGCUCUCUUUUUAAAAAAAAGUGCAGCCUUGACAAAUAUUUAUACAGGUUGCCUCAUAUCACUAUAAACUGUAAUAUAAUAUAUUUGUAAAGCCUUCAACGCCUGGGAAUUGGCACUUUCUUAGGUCUAAUUGGGUGGACCUCACAUGGCAUGCAUUCACCAAACCACAUCAUAUAUUUUUUGCCUAAUUAGACCAGCUACCCAACCCGCAAAAGUUUACUCCCAACCUACUAACCAACCUUCCUCUAUGAAAGGCAUGACAUCCUAUACACAGAAGUGAUGUAAUUUGAGGUUAAAAGCCUGGAGGAUUUGAAAAAGCUAAUUUUCUAAAUUAGUGCAAAGUGUUGUAUCAAACCAAGCUGGCGAACUGCCUCUGUGGUCACCAUAUACUCAAAGUGAACUACAUAAUACCCACUGCACAUACCUAUGGUCAUCAAAAUUGAUCUCAGACUCCCACUGGGAGUUCCUUGGAGCUCUUAACUUCAGGGCCAGAAGGUUGUAAAAUAAACACAACAGAAAUGUUACCCUAAUAACCAAAGAUAGCAGUCCAAGUUAAAGUAACCCACCAGAUUAUGGAAGAGGCCCAGGUGCACCGCACCGAGUCUUCUGCAAGGGGAGCAGUCCAAACCAGAAAUGUGUAGAGCAGGCAUUUAAAAAGGCAGUCUUCCACCAGGCAAUUAGAUAAGUAAAAUAUUUAUUAUGUCAGAUCAGCAUAGCCUUGACCCUAACAUACUGUAAAACAGGGUUCCUCAUUUUUUAUUUACUCCUGAGCCACAUUCAAAUCUUAAAAGAGUUGGGGAGCAACACAAGCAGAAAUAGUUCCUGGGGGUGCAAAAUGAGGGCUUUGGUUGUUUUUUUGGUAGACCCUAUGUGGACAGCAGUCUACAGGGGGUUCUGUUUGGCAGUAGACCUGUUUUUAAAAAAUAAGCACCUGCUUUGAGGCCACUGGGAGCAACAUCCAAGGGGAGGGUGAGCAAGUUUUACCCAAGAGCAACUGGUUGGGGAUCACAGCUAUAAAUCUACUUACCUAUCUAUCUGCCUGCAACUGUAUUUUGGUAUUACUGGCCCUUUAAAUUGACACCAGCUUCUUAUGCUGUAUUCAGAUGUUUUUGUUUAAAACUUUAAAUGCAGUAGUGCAUACAUUUUGAGGCAAGUGGAGUAAUUCUGGGGCAAAGAAAAAGCGCCAUUUGUAAAAAAUAAAGUUUGUAAAUAUGUUUCCAUUGCCCUAGAAUUAGACCACAUUUAUAUUUUGUUACACCCUGUAACAAGAUUAAAAGGUUUUGUUUUAAAAGAGGAGUAUAUUUUCUACCCUGUGAUCUGUGAGACACCAACAAUGUCAAUUAUUUGUUCCUGCUGGUAGUACAGUAAAAUUAUAAAAUGCUUCAAAAUAGUUCAUUUGCAAAUAAAAAUGAUACAUGAGAAAGCAAAAGAUAUAGAAUAAGGAUUGGUUGGGGGAAAAUCUACACCAGUACAAAGCAGAACUACCAUUUUAUUUAUUUAAAUAAAAUAUAUAUUUAUAUUAAUGUCAGGCUAUAUAUUCACAUGGGCAUUUGAAACCACAUUUCUAGCUGAAAUACACACGAAUUGCUAUUAACAGGGGGUUCUGCCAAUUGAAUGGGACAGAGGUUGCUGCACUGACAGCACAGAACCAAAACCUGAAGCUCAGAUGCAAGGACAGGUAUGGGAUCCGUUAUCCGCAGAUGAAGGAGAUAGACUCUAGCGCUACUUCGCACUCUGGCGAAUGGACUUAACUACGCAAAUUCGCUAAGAUGCGGCUUUUAAUGGAACGUUACCUCUUGCGCCAGACUUGCCUUCCCCACCUCAGACCAGCCGAAGUACAAUAGAGUAGAUAGGACUUC